ACCCAGAGACCCACGGGGAGCUUUGAAGUGCCUGAGCCAGAAAAAGAGAGCAAGAGAGACAGACAUCCGCACAGCGCCGAGGAAUCAAACCGGGCAGGGGGGAAAAGUUACCGGGGCAGGGAGAGGAUGUGAGCGCAAGUACUGGCUGCGAGCCGGGAGGAUGCGAUGGCCGCUGGCACAGAAACUGGGGCAGCGAUUGUCAGCCAUGGAGACGGCCCCACCGCCUUCACCACCCCGCCGGCCACGCACCCCGCGCUAGCACCGGGGACGGCAGCGGGGACCGAGGGGUGCCGGGAGCCGGGUGGGAGCAGGCGGCGGUGCGGGAGCGGCUGCGGGUGCCGGUUCCCAGCAGCGGCACCGCGGCGGCUCCUCUCCCCCGCGCCGGGUAAGGCGGCAUCGCCGCGCGGCUGAGCGCCGACCGAUCGCUGCGCGCAGGCUUCCUCGAGGUCAGUGCCGCGUAAUGAGAUUUUGGAGCCGUGCUCCGAGCAGUCUCCUGGUUCCUCUCGGCUGCCUGGGUGCGACCAUGCUUCCUCGCUGGGCAAAGCAUCCCUUUGGCGCUUCCCCUAGAGCAGCGCCGCGGCUGCGGGAGCAGGAGAGACCCUCCGAGCCCGGGGACUGCAGGCUGACGCCGUUGCUCGUGGAUCCCGACAGGACGAGCACCCACAUGAUCUCGGCGGACGAUGCCGAGUACCCGCGGGAGUACCGCACCCUGGGCAACGGCACGCGGCGCUUCUCCAACGUAGGGCUGGUGCACACCUCGGAGCGCCGGCACACCGUCAUCGCCGCCCAGAGCCUCGAGGCCCUCACCGGCCUCCAGAAGUCGGAGAUGGAGCGCAAGCGGGACGCCUUCAUGGACCACCUGAAGAACAAGUACCCGCAGCACGCGCUGGCGCUCCGCGGGCAGCAGGAGCGCAUGCGGGACCAGCAACCCAACUACUGGAGCUUUAAGACCAGGAGCUCCCGGCACUCGCAGGGUUCCCAGCCUGGCCUGGCCGACCAAGCCAAGCUCUCCUUCGCCUCGGCCGAAUCGCUGGAAACCAUGUCGGAAGCGGAGCUGCCCCUGGGCUUCAACAGGAUGAAUCGGUUCCGGCAGAGCCUGCCCCUGUCCCGCUCCACCAGCCAGACGAAGCUGCGCUCGCCAGGGGUCCUGUUCCUGCAGUUUGGGGACGAGACGAGGCGCGUCCACAUCACCCACGAGAUCAGCAGCAUGGACACCCUGCACGCCCUCAUCGUCCACAUGUUCCCCCAGAAGCUCACGAUGGGGAUGCUGAAAUCCCCCAACACUGCCAUCCUCAUCAAGGACGAGUCGCGCAACGUCUUCUACGAGCUGGAGGAUGUCCGUGAUAUCCAGGACAGGAGCAUCAUUAAAAUCUACCGGAAAGAGCCGCUCUACGCCUCCUUCCCAGCCUCCCACAUCACCAACGGCGACCUGAGGCGGGAGAUGGUCUACACCUCCCGGGAGUCAUCUCCCACCCGCCGGCUGAACAACAUGUCCCCGGCCUCCCACCUGGCCUCCGGCUCCCCUCCGCCCGUGCUGCAGUCCUCGUCCCCGUCCCGCUCCCGCAUGUCCUACAGCGGGGGCCGCCCGCCCUCCUACGCCGGCAGCCCCGUCCACCACGGCGAGCGCCUCUCCAACCUGCCGCCCGCGCCGGGCGUCUCGCCCAGCCCCAGCGCCAUCCUGGAGCGCCGCGAUGUGAAACCGGACGAGGACCUGGCCGGGAAGAACAUGGUGCUGGUGAAGAACGAGGGGCUGUACGCCGACCCCUACGGCAUGGUGCACGAGGGCCGGCUCAGCAUCACCUCCACACAGUCCCUGGCCGGCAUGGGGGACCCUUUUGGCUACUCGGGGGGGCUCUACAAGCGGGGCUCCGUUCGCUCCCUCAGCACCUACUCGGCGGCCGCCUUGCAGACGGAGCUGGAGGACGGGCUCUACAAGCCCAACGCGCAGAUCUACAGCGACACGUACGGCCCCGGCCUGGGCUUCCGCAUGCCCCCCUCGUCCCCGCAGAAGAUGUCCGACGGCCGCCUGGUGGACGUGCAGCCGGGGCAGAGCCCCCACAGCCCCUACUCGGGGCCGCCCAGCCGCUCCUCGCCCGUCCGCCAGUCCUUCCGCAAGGACUCCUGCUCCUCCGUCUUCAUGGACAGCCCCGUCAGCAAACCCCGCAACCCCAGUGCCUCGGGGCCCCCUGAGCUCUUCCCCGGCCCCGGUGACCGUCCGCUCUCGGGGUUCAGCUCCCCGGUGCCAGCCAAGGAUACAGAGACGAGGGAGCGGAUGGAGGCGAUGGAGAAGCAGAUCGCCAGCCUGACCGGGCUGGUGCAGAGCGCGCUGCUCCGCGGCUCCGAGGCUGAGACCCCCAGUGAGAAGACAGAAGCCACCAACGGCGGGACCCCCCCAUCAGCGUCCACCAGCCGCAGCGGCAUGGGGACCCCGGUGCCCGCGCCCCCACCGCCCUCUGCCACCAGCACGCCAGCGGGGCAGCCCACGGCCAUCACCCGCCUGCACAUGCAGCUGCACCUCCACGACCUGCAGCAGAACGCCAGCGACCUCCGCAACCAGCUGCAGCAGCUCAAGAAGCUGCAGCUGCAGAACCAGGAGACGGUGAAGACGAUGCUGCGGAGGACGGAGACGGAGAUCAGCGUGCGGGUGACCGACACCAUGCGCAAGCACGAGGACCCCCUGCAGCGCCAGCGCAGCCUGGUGGAAGAGGAGCGGCUCCGGUACCUCAACGAGGAGGAGCUCAUCACCCAGCAGCUGAAUGACCUGGAGAAGUCGGUGGAGAAGAUCCAGAAGGACCUGGCCCACAACCACCGGCUCAUCCCCGUGCAGGAGCUGGAGGAGAAGGCCGUGGUGCUCAAGCAGCUGGGGGAGACGCUGACAGACCUCAAGGCCCAGUUCCCCAGCCUGCAGAGCAAGAUGCGGGUGGUGCUGCGGGUGGAGGUGGAAGCCGUGAAGUUCCUCAAGGAGGAGCCCAACCGCCUGGACGGGCUGCUCAAGCGCUGCAAGACGGUGACGGACACCCUCGCCCAGAUCCGCAGGCAAGUGGAUGAGGGCGUGUGGACCCCCCCCAACACCCUCAGCCAGUCCCCCAAGAAGAUGGCCCCCGAGACGGACUUCAGCAAAGGGCUGGAGCUGGAGAUGCCCACCAGCCCCCCGGUGAGCCUCCACCACCUGACGGCUGCCACCGAGACCCUGGGCAUGCCCAGCUUCGGGCACAGCCCCCCCCAGACCCAGACCCACCCCUCCAAGAGCAAUAACCCUUCCCGAGCUCCGGAGAUGGUGCCUGCCAAGACCCAGACGGGUCCGGAGACUCCCAGCAAGAAGAGCGCAGACAAAGCCGUGUCCGUGGAGGCUGCGGAGCGGGACUGGGAGGAGAAGCGGGCGGCACUGACCCAGUACAGCGCCAAGGACAUCAACCGCCUGCUGGAGGAGACGCAGGCAGAGCUCAUGAAGGCCAUCCCCGACCUGGACUUCGCUGCCAAGCACAAGCAGGCCACGGGCAGCAGCAGUGCUGCAUCCACACCCGAGCACAAGCCCUCCAAGCCGCAGCACGCACAGAAGUCCGCGGGCAAGGCUGACCCCAACGGCCGCAGGGGCUCAGACGAGCUGACGGUGCCGCGGUACCGGACCGAGAAACCCUCCAAAUCGCCGCCGCCUCCCCCUCCCCGCCGGAGCUUCCCCUCGUCCCACGGGCUGACCACGACCCGCAGCGGCGAAGUCAUCGUCACCAGCAAGAAGGAGCCCGGAUUUAUGAAGAAGGCCGAGUCGGAGGAGCUGGAGACCCAGAAGCCGCAGGUGAAGCUGAGGCGGACGGUGUCGGAGGUGGUCAGACCCGCAUCCACCCCGCCCAUCAUCGCCUCUGCCAUCAAGGAUGACGACGACGAGGACCGCAUCAUUGCGGAGCUGGAGGUGUUUCAGAGAAGCUCUGCCUCCCCUUUCAUUCCCAAGCUCGGUUAUGAUCCGCUCACGGCUGCCGCCUCCCCUGGGCACGCAGCCAUGUGGCCCAAUGGAGCCGAAGGAUGGAAGGAGCCGGUGGCCCCGGCCCCCCCGGGGAGCAGGGCGUUCUCCCUCCCGCAGAUUGUGCUCACCGAGUGCGAGUCCGCGCCGCCGUCCCCCGAAAGCGACCCCGAGGUGCCAGUGGCAACGGGCUGCUCUGAGCACGGGGACCCAGCUGGCAGUGGAGCAGCCGGAGGGGAGCUGGCACCUGAGGCAGGGGGGAGAUGCCAUGUGUCUGCUGGCACCCCCAGAAAGUCUCCAUCCACGCCCGGGGGCCUUCCAGCCUCAGCCCCGCAGCCCCAAAUUGCCCCAUCCCAAGGCCGUGAGCGCGCACCGGGAGAGACUCACGGGUUCCCUCCGGCAGACAGCAAGGUCCCGUCCCCCCCAGCGCGAGGAGCGAGCCAGCCCAUGGGGGCAGAAGGAGAGGACACUGCUCCGAGCCCUGCCGGGAGGCAGGAGGGCAGCAGCCAGCCUGCACCACGAGGUCCUGUGGCUGAGCAGCCUCCCCGAGGGCAGGCUGCAGAUCGGGGGGCCGAAGACACAGUGCUUGUCCCAGGGGCAGGCACCCAAGGGUCCGGUGCCGUCCCCAGUGAUGCAGAGCCCCGAGGAGGAGGCAGGCAGAGCACACGGGAGGCAUCCGUCCCUCCUGGACGCUCCGAUGGGGUUUGCAAGCGGAGGGACCACCGCGAUGGCUCGCCAGUGCCAAAAGCCAGGCGUCCCCCGGGCUGUGACCACAUCCAGGGGAGAGAAUGGUGCCAGGCUGGGCACCCCCGGGGACAGGUCGCUGCUUCCCCAGGGUCUCAGCGGUGUGCAGCAUCACCGGGACAGGACAGCGUGGGGCUGGCUGCCGGGGCAGGAGGAGGCGAAGAGGAUGCAGGUGGGAAGGCAGCGGAGGGGCUGUGCUGCCCCGCUCCUGGGGGAAGGAGCGAAGGGGACGUGCCCCCCCUGCACAGCAUGUCACCGCGCAGCAAGGAGAUCUACGAAGGCACCUACCAGAGACUGGAUAGCCUCGAGGAAACCAUCCGUGAGCUGGAAAUGACCAUCAGCGAGAUCAGCAGCCACCCUGCGGCCGGAUUGAUGUUCCCUAAAGGACUGCUCGGACAAGCAGCGCCCGACGGCAGCGAGGAGAUGAAGGCGCGUGCAGGGCACCUCCAGCACAGCGGCGGUGACGGGGGGACUGCCCUGGACCUCAGCCAGCCCAAAGGGGAUGCUCCUGAGAGUUCGCCUCCGAGCCAGACCAAGCCACCUCUGCUGCCCAAGCCACAGCUCCCCCUCAGCAGCCCUCAGAGCGGGGGCGUUUCCAUCCCGGCCAUGAAGAUGGUGAACCCGGCGUCCCGGCUGAAGCAGAGCCAGCAGGGCAGCCCCGACAAAAGCAAGCACAUAAAGCAGCGGAUGGAGUACAUGCGGAUCCAGGGACAGCAGCAGUAACGCGUGGAACCAGCUCAUCUCGUGCUCUGUUUGUGGUGGACCUUUUCCAGCUGCUUGACCUCAGGCCUAAAUCAAUGCUGCUUCUGAACAAACUCCUGUUUCGUUUUGUUUUAUUUUUUUUUCCUUUUUUUUUUUUCUUUUAUUUUUUUGGUCUUUUUUUUUUUUUUAAGAAACUGUUUGACUUUCCUCCCCUUUUCCUCCUCCUCCUCCUCCUUGAAUCUUGCUUUUCUUUCUAGGCCGCUAGACCAUCUAAAGAGGCUAGUGAGACUUCCCCUGCAGUCUCAGAAAAACCUGCAUCUGGCAGAACAUCCAUCCCUGUAUUGACUUCCUUUGGGGCAAGGAACUCAUCCAUCUCAUUCUGAGCCUCCUUGCCAGCUCCAUCCAACCGUUUUCCUGCUCCUGGGGCCGGGCUUCUCUCUUCCUUGUGCUCCUCCCCUGGACUGUCUUCUUGAGGCACCUUGAGGCAUCGCCACGUGUCCCUCUCUUUGUUUUAAAUGUCUUGCUCCAAUGUGGCCGACCUCGUGUCUCGCCUCUGCUCCGGCACGGCCCAACUUCUGUCUCGCCUCUGCUCCGGCACGGCCCCGACUUGUGUCUGCCUCUGCUCCGGCACGGCCCGACUUCUGUCUCACAUCUUGCUCCAAAAUGGCCAACCAGCCACUUUCUGUUUCUUUCUCUCUCUCUCUCUCCCCCUCUUUCUUUUGUUUCCCUUUUUUUGUUUUGUUUUUUAAAUUUCCGUUGGUUCGUUUUGGGUUGCUGUCGUUUUUGGUUCUCGACCCCUCCCUUCCCCACCUGCCGUUUUCUGUUUAUUUAAGAGCUCUCAGAGCUUCACCCCACCAGUUUCACGAGCUUCAAGCAACAAGGACGCGGCGCAGCGCCCGACCCCGCCUGCCCAGGCGGCAGCCGCCCAAAAACCGAAGGAGGCGGCCGGGGGGCGCAAAACGGGCAAAAAGCGGCUGCCGAGGACGCCCCCGCCGCCCCUCGCCCUGCCCACCGCCCGCUCUCCCCGCUGAGCUCCUCGGCCACCGCGACCCCACCGAGCCCCGAGGGGACGAUGCCGGCGCCCACCGGGUCUCCAUGGGCAGAGCUGUGGCCACGCUCGCUCCGGUGCUCGCCGAAGGUCGGUGCUGGUUCCCCGGAGCAUCCUGAGCCCCCGGCCCCGUGGGGCUCGCUGUGCCAUGGGUGGGGUGGCCACGAGGGAGCCCAGGUGCCCCCGAGGUGCUCAGGGGGACCGGGGUUUUGGUGGGGCGCCUGGAGGUUGAGCAUGUCAAAUUUGGGGAGGUGGAAACGGGUAGGGGUAGGGGGUGCUGGGGGGCACUGGGGAUCAGCCCCCAUCACUGUAGGUUCGUAACGUAGCACUUUAAUUGUUCGUCUGGGUCACUGUGGUGGCUGGGGCAGAGGGACGCCGCGGUGCCCGGGGGCUCUGCCUGCACGGGGACACCCUGCGGGACCCACGUCCCCCUCCCCAGCGCCCUCAGGGUGUCCCAGAGCCCCCCCCCCUGCAGCAGGGCUGGGGUCAGCACCCCCCCGCUGCCAGCCCAGCCCUGCGGGCGUGCGAGGGGAGCGCUGUGCGUGUGUGUGCGUGUGUGUGCGUGUGUGUGCACGUGUGGUCAAUGCCGUGUUGUGAAGCGCGCCGUCCACCCGCAGUGCAACAAGAGAUGGAAUCACUCCUUUCGUUGGCUAGUUCGUUGUUGGGUUGGUUUUGUUGUUUUUUUUUAAUUAUUAUUAUUAUUAUUUCCUUCUUUUCCCCUCUCUUUUUUUGUAUAUCAAUCAUUUUUGUACAGAAGAACGAGCCUUUUUUGAAUAACAAAGAGAAAAAAAAAAAGCAAAAAAAAAAAAAAAAUCAUGAUGCAAUUUCUUUGGAUUGCAAAAAGCAACUCUUUACAUUUAAGUGAAGUGUCUUAACAUUUUAUAUUGUUUUAAAAAAUAUAUUUACAUAUUAUAUAUAUAUAAUAUACGUAAUAUAAAUAUAUAUAUAAAUAUUUAAAAAAAAAAAGAAAAGAAAAGAAAUAAAUCUCUUCAUGUCUGGUAUAUUAGGGGGUGGAUUUUCUUCCCUGGUUAAACUAUAGCUCCUUGUGAUUUUUGAGAGGGUCAGUUCCUAGCGGCUUGGUAGCCCUCGUGCUGAGUUGGCAUCCUCCUUCCACCCCCUUCUGUGGCCUGUCCCUGUCCCCGUCCCCGUCCCCGAUCCCGUCCUACCCCUCAGCCGAGGCAGUGGGGGGUCAGGGUCGGGGUCGGGGUCGGGGCCGGGAGCCCGGGGCCAGUGGCUGCCGGUGCCAGCCCCGGGGCCACGCGUCGAGGCCGGGACCUGGGGCAGGGGGCAGCGGCUCCUGGCAGCAAUAGCAGUCACUUGAUGCGUUUAAUUUAAUUUAUAAUUACUUUUUCUUGGUACCAAAGUGAAACACUGUAGCAAAGCCACAGCUUCUUAUGGAUUUGGGGGGGCCUGGCCCCCUCCCCAACCCUCCCUGCCCCAGUGCCGCAGUGGCCGUGUGGGGCUGGCCGUGCCCCCAUCCCUCCCGACCCCAAGCACGGGGGUACGAGGGCACCCGGUGCCCGCCCCACUGCAGGGCUCAGCACUUUGCAGCCAACCCUGGGGGGACGCAGGGUGUAUUUGGGGGGGGGGUCCCAUCCACCUCCAGCCCCAUGGGGACGUGGCCAUGCAUGCGCAGAGGGGCCGGAGCUGCCGGCAGUGCCACUGGCAUCCUCCUGCCCUGGCGUGUGCCCUGCGCCGGGUGGUGCCAGGGUGCCCAGGGCAGUGCAUGGGGGUCCCCUGCCUGCACAGAGUGAAUUGGGGGGGGAACGGGGGGCACUCUGCAGCUGUGAGCGAGCUCAUGCCUAUGGGGGGGGGGGGUCCACAGCCCCUCACUGCGCCCCAGCCUUGCCAUGGGUGCUGGCUGCUGCCCACCCGAGCAUUGCCAAGGGGUGCAGUGGGACCCCAGCCCCAGAGCAGCCUGCAGCGGGGGCACGUGGAGCUCCGGGCCACCCCCUUCUCUUAUCCCUCCCCCACCCCUCCUGGCUGCCCACCAGGCUGGUUUUCUAUGUGAGCGUGUCUCUGCGUGUGUGCGUGCGUGUGCGUCCGUCAUUUCAUGGCAUCAUGCAAACUGUGUGUGAGCACCGAGCCCGGUGCUUUAGCUGAAGCAAGAGAACGAAAACAAAAAAAAAUCUGCUUGAUUCUAAUUUAAACUGAAAAGAGACAAAAAAAAAAAAAAAAAAAAAAAAAAAAAGUUGCAAAAAUGACAAAAAAAAAAGGAAAAAAAAAAGACAAAAAAAAAGAACCAAGCGCUGCCUGCAUCGUGCAUGUGUCUGGAGGCGCCCGCUGCAUGCGCACCCCGCUUUACUCGUCUGAGUGUUGUUUAAGAAAAGGUUACAACUUUUAAAAGGAGAAAAAAAAAAAAAAAAAAAAAAAAAGUUCCUAAUACUCUUUAGAGGCUGUUUUGGGGUUUCUACGAUGUCGUGUGUCUCUUAGCAUGAAUUUUUCUUGUGAACUGUUUUAAAAUUUAAGCAAAGGAAAAACAAAAGCAAGGACUCGCCGGGGCCGGGCAGGGCGCGGGCUGGCCUGGCCGGCUGUACGUAGUCUCUGUAUCUCUGUAUGGAUGCCAUGGGUAGUUCUGUGCGAAACGUGACCGUUGUAACUUGCAAACUCCGAUGACAAAGGGUUGCUUUUUAUUUUUCUUUUUUCCCUUGACGACUUUUCUUUUCUAUCAGAGUGUCUGGCUUUAAUAAAAGACUUUCUUUUCUCUAUGGCA